UGAUCAGGAAGGAGAAAUAAAUAUGACAUCAUGAUACUCAGUGUUCACCGGCUGUCUUGUGAAUUUUGAUUUUCGGUUUCCCUUGAAUCGAUAUAAAUAGAUAUAUGCCUGUGUAAAACAUUGUGUACUGUUCGAGUGUGUUCUCUGAACAUUUUGAAUGACAUGAUUCUCGACAGAAAAGCGGAAUACGUCAUGAAUGUUGUCAAUAAGAUUAAACUGAUUGCUCGACAGAGGCUAUGCUUCAGAUCGAAUCAGUAAGAUUUGGAUAAAACGGAAGUUAUAAAAAAAAUAUACUCAAAAAAAAAAAAGAAAGAAAAGUAGCGUUUCAGCUCCACGAGGAAAAUUUUUAAGCCGUCCAAGAUUUACGUCACACUCAUCCUUCCGUGAAGUAUUGGAGUCCUUGUUUACCAAGGAGACGUCAGGUAUAUACCGGGACUAAAUAUAUUCGUUUGUUGAAGCGUAGAAGAUCAGUAAGAGCGUUUUAAGCUGAGCGCUAGUUAAAAGAAACGGCAAUGUUGUGUACAUCGGAGGCACAGAAAGAUUGGCAAACUUCCAGACCAACUAUCAAAGAGAGAUGUGCGUUUGUCUUUAACAACGAGUUCUUGAGCGAUGUGAAUUUUAAAGCGAGAUCGUCGAUUUGCGGCGAGUGUAAGGUGAUACCAGCUCACAAGUUCGUUCUUUCCAUCAGCAGCCCUGUGUUUCAAGCCAUGUUUCGCGGGAACAUGGCUGAGUCUGUUUCAAACCUGAUAGAACUACCGGACUGUGAUUAUGAGAGCUUGCUGGAGUUCUUUCGUUAUCUCUAUAGCGAUGAGGCGUAUCUUAGUGGAACUAACGUCCUUCAAGUGUUAUAUCUAGCAAACAAGUACAUAGUGCCCUCUCUCGUCGAUAAAUGCACCGAAUAUUUGCAGAAAAGUCUGAACGCAUACAAUGUGUUGCGUAUUCUUCCACACGCUCAGGCGUUCGACAAAAAUGAACUUUUAGAGCGAUGCUGGGAAUUGAUUGAUAAGAAUGCAGACAGUGUCGUGAAAUCAGAGGAAUUUUUUAAUCUUGAGAGGUGUCGAGUGGAGACUAUUGUCAACAGAGAAUCGUUAAACAUUAGAGAAUUCGAAUUAUUCAAAGCUGUUGACCGCUGGGUGUCUAAAGAAAGCGAAAGACAAGGCCUUCUUGAAAGCCUCAGUAAUUGUGAAUCAAAGCGACGGAUACUCGGGGACGGAAUAGUGCAGGGGAUACGGUUCCCACUGAUGUCACAAAAAGAAUUCAUGUCGGCCGUACCCGACAGUAACAUUCUAACGACAAGUGAAGUCAUAAACCUGAUGAAAUACUUCAGUGGUUUACCGACACCGCUUCUGCCGUUUAUACAAACUCCAAGGAAAGGAACAAUGAAGGACACGCCACAAAUGCGCCGUCGAUUGGGAACUUAUAUUCCUCCGGCAGCUUGGUGGGGACAUUCAUUUCAGAAUCGCCAAUUAACGUGUGGUUCGCCUCUUAGUUAAAGGAAAUGUGUAGCAAUAUUUGUAAUCAUUUUUAGUGUCGUUAAGAAUCGGCUUU